UUGGUCACGGCCUCAGUCACAAGUGUUGGGGGAUAGAGUGAAGUGGACAAGUGUGUGUUUUACUGUGCAUGUGAAGCGUGUGAGUAGGGCCUCGACUCAUCACACUCCCUGCCCUCUUUAUUGACUCUUGCAUGAUUGACUGUCUUCCCUCAAUGUGUGAGAUUUGUUACCAUGGCAGCAGAGUCAAGAUGCCCUCCUCCCCUUCCAGCUUCUUGAUGUCCUGGGACUGAUCUAGCGUGAAACGUCCCUGGAGCCACACACUCAUACACGCAAUUCUUCGUGGGACUUGAGGAUAUACAGAGCCAUGAUUGGUUCUGAUUGGGCUGCUGAUGAGCCAUCAAAGUCUUGCCUGACGUGGCACUUUUACCCACUGCCUGGAGACCUUCCCCACUGCAUAAACAAUCAGUGUUGAAAUACUAUCACAACUACUACGGCUACCAGUACUACUGGCACAGUUACUGUUACCAUGACAGUACAAUGGUGGCGCUAUAAAUAAAUGUAUGCUAGUGUAAUCUGGUGAUGCGAAGAACUUGUAAUACCCAGCAGACAUCAUGCAUGCAAGAAAUGUGGACAGGAUUCUUCAAUCUGUGAAAGCAGAAAGGAGUCGCUGACAAUGGGACACUCGAUUUUGCCGGGCUGGCAGUGUGAUGUGUCCUGCCUCAGAUUUACUGACUGUACUCGCACGUAUGUGAUUGUGUCUGCACUGCAGCGUUGUCUCUGCUCUCACUGAGGAAUAACAGCAGGAGGAUGGCGAAGGAGUGAGACAUCGCCUCAUACCCCAGUCUCUGCCCUUCGACACAUUGCCUUUCAAAUGGCCUAAAAAGGACUUGUUUCAUGUGGUUUCCUCUCUAAAUCUGCACUGUGUCUUAUCUGCAUCGGUGAGAGAAUGAAAAGACAUGCUGGUGAACUUGAAUAUUUCAUAAAGAGAGCAGCCUAUAUUCAGUUCUGAUGUCCUUGACGCUUGAGGAGACCACACACACUGGUGUAUUAGUGAAGGAUUGACCAUACCUUUGCCUGUCUGCUGUAAGGGAGCCACAUAGAGACACUACAGCAGGUUUGUAGCUUCAGCCUAAAGCAGCCCUCCUUCAUCAUAGCUCCAUGCCCUAUGGCACUACCUGCUGUUCACCUUUAACACUGGGUGGUACAACAGUCGGUCAGUGGAUUCUUAGAUGAUGUAAGGUCAGUAGGGUUUGCUUUUUUUAGGCACACACACCUUGUUUAUGGCAUUAUUUUUCUGACCUCUGUUGGAAAUGGGCAGUUCUCUUGGUUGUGUAAAACAGCCCCGGGAAGCAGGACCAAGCGGGGCUCCUCCCCUCUCGCCAAAAAGGAAACUCCAUUUCAGACGAAAGCGCAAAGCCAAAAAGACACAGAAAGGCAUUGAUGUGCAGGAGGAAAUGGUCGGAAAGGUCAGAGGUGACUCUUCAACCAAACCAGCAUACAGGCAAACAGUGACUGAAACUUCAAUGCAGGUGGUCCUGGUACCUGGUGCAGCUCCUAUCUUAGGCAGUACAGGGACAUUGCGAGGGAGUAGAGUGGCCAUUUUGUCUCCUGACCCCAGUCCAGCAUGGAUGGGAGCUUUCCACCAAGUGUCGGGAAGUAGCAUUUGUAAAGAGCCCAAAAAUGUGGCUGCCCAGGGUAGCACCACGCCUGGGGGAGGCAGGGUGUGCCGGGUCCGAGAACGGGUCCAGGGAGUCUUGGAGAGACCCUGCCUCUUAAGUGCUGAAUCGGAGGACCAGGAGAUGAUGGAGCAGGAUGAAGCUAGACAAAGUGAACUGGUGGCUGGCAACCCUUUGGAGGCAGAGCGGAAGGGUGUUGUCCACAUCCGCGAGGCGGAUGGCAGGCUCUGUGUGGUUCGCACCGUCUACCCAAGGGACUAUGGCUCACCUAGCUGGCAUAACAGAGGUGUGGAGGUGCGCUCUGAGCCACCAGCAGCAUCUCCCAUCAUUGGUGGCAUUCAGAAAAUCCAGGUGCAUGAAGAUGAGAAGCGACUGUUCCUGGGGUCGUGUGUCACCAAGCAAAUAGGCGCAACUGCUCCACCAGGGAAUGAACUCCUCCCAGACAGCUCAGCUGAGCGUGCCAUUGGUGCUGGCCAUCAGCAGGACACCCACUCUUCAGGCUACGCCAGCGACAUGCCACUCACUUCCCCAGAGACAGGGGGCGCUGUUCAGACUGACUGGGCAAGCUCUUCUGAUAUGCUGAGUUCCUCAGUACUGGAGAGUCCCAUAUCCCCACCAGAGAAACCAUCACAUCCCCCCUCCAAGAUUUCAGAGAUCUAUGUGAGCGGGGAGUCAGCAGACCUGACGGCCAAGGAGAAGCUUCUGCUGUGGACACAGCAGGCCACGGAAAACUACCCCGGCUUGCGCUGCGUCAACUUCUCCUCCAGCUGGAGUGAUGGACGCAUGUUUAAUGCCCUCCUUCAUCGUUACAGGCCUGACCUGAUUGACAUGGAGUUAGUGGCACAGCAGAGUAACCGUGACAACCUGGAGCAGGCCUUUGAGAUUGCUGAGUCGCUAGGGGUGACGCGACUCCUAGAUGCCGAAGAUGUGGACGUUCCAUCACCUGAUGAGAAGUCAGUCAUCACUUAUGUGUCUUCCAUCUACGACGCCUUUCCCAAGAUCCCGGAGGGUGGAGAAGGAAUCAAACCUCAUGAGGUUGACCAGCGGUGGGCGGAGUACCAGUCGCGCUUUUCCUCUUUGCUGCAGUGGGUGGGGCAGCACACAGCCCUCAUGGCCAGCAGGAGCUUCCCCCACAACCCCAUAGAGCUCAAGGCUCUUUACAAUGAAUACGUCCACUUCAAAGAAACAGAGAUCCCGACUAAGGAGAUGGAGAAGGCUCACAUUGCACACCUGUACAAGCUGCUGGAGGUCUGGAUAGAGUUUGGGCGCAUCAAGCUGCCCCAGGGACUGCACCCUAACGACCUGGAGGAGGAGUGGGGUAAACUGAUCCUGGAGAUGCUGGACCGAGAGAAGGCCCUCCGUCCUGCUGUAGAGAGACUGGAGCUGCUCCUGCUGAUGGCCAACAAGAUCCAGAACAUGGCUGUGGACUGUGAAGAAAAACUGACACUGGCCAAGAACACACUGCAGGCGGACAUGUCCCGUCUGGAGGGUGGCGAGCCAGCGUGCUGUGAGCAGGAGCUGGCCGUGUACCUGCAGGACUGUGAAGCUCUGCUCCAGCUGCUGCACCAGGACCUCCAAGUCCUGCGAGACAAGAAGUACUACCAAGUAGAGCAGCUCGCCCUCAGGGUUACAUGUCUGCAGGAGGAGCUGGUCUCCCUGCGGCUGCAGUGUGCCAGUGUGUACAGGAAGGGCCACUUCUCAUCGGGGCCACUGCAGGUUGCUCCGACAGCUCAGAGGAUGCCACCAGGCAAUAAGAGCACGUUCACUGUACCGGGGGCCGAGUCCAGCGGGGUGGCCCUGCUCAGACGUCCCAUGACCCGUGCAGAGCUCGUGGCUGUCUCAUCAUCUGAGGACGAGGGGAGCUUACGUUUCCUCUACGAGCUCCUGGGAUGGGUCGAGAAGACACAGGAGCUGCUGGAGCGGGCCGACUGGGGCUCAGACCUGCCCACUGUAGAACAGCACCUGCAAGAUCACCUGUCCAUCCACACUGCUGUGGAGGAACUGCUGCACAAUCUGAAAGAUGCACGCAGCUAUGAGGCAAGCAUCUCUCCCAGUUUCCGAAGCAGUUAUUCCGAAACGCUGGCCAAGCUGGAAAACCGGUACUGCAGACUAUUGGAACAUUCGUCAUGGCGACUGCGUUGCCUGGAAAGCCUGCGAGCAUUUGUGUCACACUGCACUGAGGAGCUGAUCUGGCUCAACGAGAAGGAGGAGGAGGAGCUGGCCUUCGACUGGAGCGACAAUAACACCAACAUGGCUGCUAAAAGAGAGCAGUACUCUGAAAUGAAGUCAGAGUUGGAGGAAAAACAAGAAGUGAUGUGCUCCCUACAGGAAACUGCUGAUCAGCUUUGUCAGGACAACCAUCCAGCCAAGCAGACAGUAGAGGCCUACAGUGCUGCCUUACAGACACAGUGGCAAUGGGUGAAGCAGCUGUGUGUGUGUGUAGAACAACACCUAAAGGACAACACUGCCUUCUUUCAGUUCACGAGUGACCUGCGAGAGUGCGAGACGUACUUGCGGCAGCUUCAAGACACCAUCAAACGGCAAUACACAUGUGACAGGGGCAGCAGGCUGGGUAAACUGGAGGACCUGCUGCAAGAUUCCAUGGAGGAGAAAGAGCAGCUGAUUGGGUACCGCAGUUCGGUGGCCAGCCUUGUAGGGCGGGCCAAGACAGUGGUCCAGAUCCACCCACGAAGUGCAGACUGCAUUCUGGGUACAACCAUGCCCAUCCGUGCCAUCUGUGACUAUAGACAAAUAGAGGCCAACGCUCAGAUCACACUCAGUAAAGGGGAGGAGUGUGUGUUGGAGGAUAAUUCUCAGAGGACCAAGUGGAAGAUCAUCAGUCCCACGGGGAAUGAGGCCAUGGUGCCGUCGGUGUGCUUCACCAUCCCACCCCCCAACCAGGAGGCUAUGGACACCGCCAGCAGAAUGGAGCAGCUGUAUCAGAACGUGAUGUUUCUAUGGCACCAGCUGCAUAUGAAUAUGAAGAGUGUGGUUUCCUGGCACUACCUACAGAAAGACAUCAGCUACAUCUCCUCCUGGACCCUGGACACGGUGCGUUCCCAGUCUCCAUCUGAGAGGAAGCAGGCCCUUGACCACCUGGAUGCCCACCUGGCUGACUUCCUAGCAGACAGUCGUGAGAGUGACCUCUUCACGCCAACUGAGAGGCGUGAACUUGAGCGGGAGGCUGAGAGUAGCCACCAGCACUGCCAAGCAUUACUGGUCUCUAUGGAGACAGUGGAGAAGGAUGAGUCGUUGUUUCGCUCCUACCUCUCGGAACUGCAAAGCAUCAAGUCCCACCUGCAGGGGGCGGAACAGAGGCUGAUGAAAGGCAUGCGGAGUCCACCCCCCAGUGGUCUGUCAGGAGAUGGUGCAGACACCGCUGUUCAUAUAGCAGAACAAGAGAAGCUGCAGCAGGACCUGAAAGGUCUUCAGUCCAACCUUGGCGACGUGUCACGUCGCUGUGUGAAUUUCUUUGAGGAAAAACCCACCUCCUCCAGUGUGCCUACUCUCCGCUCCGAACUCAAUCUGGCAGUGGAGCAAGCAGAGAGACUCAACUCCCUGUCCACGGUCUACCUGCACAAGCUGAAGACAGUUGACCUUCUGAUGAGAAGCUUGCAGGCUGCUGAGAGCCAGGUGAAGAAGUAUGAGAGCCGUCUGAGUGAGGAGGACAUUGUUCCUGCUGACACUGCUGCCAUCCAGGCCUUGAGGGAGCAGCUGAGGAAGUGGCACUCAGAGUUGGAUCAGCAGGAUCACGUCUUCCAGGCUCUGAGCUCAGAGAUGCAGAGGGCACGGGAAGUGGGCACGCAGCUCAGCCAACUGCACCCAGAUCGCAGCCCAGAGUUGGAGCGCUACCAGGAGAAAGCGCAGCAGCUCACAGAGAGGUGGCACGGAGUGCGGAGACAGAUAGAGACACGGCAAGCUGAUCUGGAGGUGCUGGGCUCAGUGCUGCACCAGUACCGUGACGGCCACUCUGCCCUCAUCUGCUGGAUCGAAGAGACCACAGAGAAACAGGAGAAUACCCAGCCCGAGCAGACAGACAGUAGAGUGCUGUCAGAGCAACUCGCCCAGCAGACGGCUCUGGUGGCCGAAAUUGAGCAGAACCAAGUCAAACUGGAUGAGUGCCAGACACACUCCAAACACUACUGCACUGCUGUCAAGGACUAUGAACUGCAGCUCAUGACAUUUAGAGCUUUUGUGGAAUCGACCCAGAAGUCUCCAGUGAAACGAAGGAGGAUACAUUCCUCAUCGGAUGCCAUAACACAAGAGUUCAUGGACCUGCGCACACGCUACACGGCUCUAGUGACCUUGACGACACAGCACAUCAAGUAUAUCAGUGAUGCAUUGCGGAGACUCGAAGAGGAAGAGAAGCAAAUUGAGGAGGAGAAGCAAGCCCGGGCAGGCCAGGUUUCAGAGCUGCUCGGUUGGGUUAAAGACCUCCAGCAGAGGGCUGAAGGACCUGCCAUGUCAUCCCUCACUGCACAGCAGGCAAUCAGUGAGCAAUUGACUGCUAAAAAAGAAGUUGUUGCUGAAGCUAUCAGGAGCACACAAGUCUUCCUGCUCUCUAAACAGGCCAGCAAACUGGCCCCUGAAGAGCGUGCCCAAGUGACAUCACAGCUGGACCAGCUGACUGCUACCUAUAGCCAGCUGUGUGACAGCUCUGCAGCCCAGCUGCAACAGUUGGAGGAACAGCUUGCCAAGGAGGAGAAAUGCAAGGGCCAUGAGACCAUCGCUGGAGUAAUUGAUCUUGGCACUGUGGAAACUUUUCCAGUUUUCCAGUCAGCAUGUCGUGGCCUCAUAGACAAGGACACCUGCCUUGUGCUGUUGGAGGCACAGCUAAUCAAGGGUGGUCUGUUACAGCCUGACUCCCUGCAGAGCCUCUCAUUAGAAGAGGGCCUUGUAUCUGGUCUGAUUGACAACCGCACCUACAAGUCACUGUCAGAAUUGGAGACAGCCCUUCAUCUCCUCCAGCAGUCACAGUUCCUACCAUGUCAUUUGGUACCAGUUGCUGCUGCUAUGGAAGUAGGCCAGAUAAAAGAGCAAGUCGGGCUUCGUAUUCUGGAGCUGCAGUUAAGCACAGGAGGAUUUCGGAAUGCCACCAAUAAUAAAAUUCUCACACUUGAAGGUGCUAGAGAGGAGGGUCUGAUCUCAGUUGCUGUUUAUAAUAAAUUACGUUCCCAGGUUGAUCGGCGUGAGCUCAUUGAUCCAAAUACAGCAGAAAAGCUUAGCCUGUCAGAAUUCCAUCAGCGUUGCAUUUUGAACGAGGAUACAGGUCUGCGUCUGCUGCCAGUGAAUCAGCAGUCAAGGGGAACAGUCUGCUUACGUUCUGGUCGAAAGGUAGGCAUUUUCCGUGCAGUCCAAGAAGGACUGAUUGACCGAGAAGUUACCAUUCGACUUCUGGAGGCUCAGCUAUUUGCAGGAGGCAUCAGCGAUCCCCGUUCAGGUCACCGGCUGACGGUAGAUGAGGCUGUGCGGCAUGGCCUUAUGGACCAAGACCUUGCAUGUGCCUUACUCACUCACCAGUUACAAGCAGAUGGGAUAAUAGAUCCUGUCAGCAGAGAACGUGUGGAGUUAGAUGAAGCUAUCCGAAGGGACCUUAUUUCUCCACGCAUGGCACUGCGGGUGUUGGAAUCACUCUGGGCAUUUAUGGGCAUACUUUGGCCAGAGACAGGGGAGCUGCUUCCUAUCAGUGAGGCUUUACAGCAGGGUGUUAUCUCAGGGGGACUUGCCCGAAACGUCUUGACCAAACGGCAUUCCAUUGCUGCAAUUUACUGCCCAGAAAGUGGUCAAGUGGUUCCUCUAGACCAUGCAGAGGAGAUGAUGGGAAUGGAAGCAGCAAAGGUCCUUAUAGAGACAGAGGUCCCAGAUGUUCUGCCUGCCAUGACUUGGACAGGGUCCUUAAAUGUAAACCACUGGGGAUCUUCAUCUUCACCACCUGCCUCACCCCCAUAUCUUCAGUGUGACGUUUCCUUUUUGGGGGCAUCUGCACCAGAGGAGCAGGCUAAGCACUGCCUCCUUUCUUACAUAAUCACACACAGUUACAUUAACGCCCGCUCUGGUGAGCGUCUGGUCCUGUUGGAACCUGAACUGAUGGAGCUUGUAAAUGCAAAUGGAUCAGCAAAGGACUCUAAGAAACCUGAACAACUGAGGAAGCACUCUAGAAGAGGAGAGUCUGAGUUUGUUAUGCCAUUCAGUACAACAGAACACAAAAGUCCUAAAGACUGGAAAGAAGCUUCAACGUUAAAUAUUUUUAAAGUGAAUGAACAAGACAAGCUCAUUAUUUCAGAUGAUCAUAUAACAAAUGUAAUUGAUCAAACUCUUAGUAAAACUGACAGAGUAAAGAUUCCUUUAGAAGGAGCCGCUGCAUUGAAAGAAACAUGCAGCACUGAUAAAACCUUAGUAAAUCUCCCAGGUACAGGCUCAAAACUAGCAGAGAUUGUACCUGAAAGUCAGAUAUCACCUCUGUUUCUGAAGCAGCUGAACAUUUUGCCAACAAACUCUAUGCCUGACUCAUUGAGUCCACAGGUAGAUAAAACAAGGAAGAAAGAAAAGCCCCUGGGACUGACUGAACCAGAGUCAACAGAUCUGUGUAUGCUUGAGGAAAAUAAAGUAGAAAGUGCACAAUCUAAGCAGAAAGAUUUAGACAUAAAAGCGGAGAACACUGCUGCUGAGAUUUUUAAAUAUACAACAGAAAAAAAUCUGUAUGAUCAGCUUGAUGAAAAGGACAAAUCAAAUAAGACUAAUGUACUGGGGAUUACUACACAUAGUGUAGAACUGCAGAAAACUGACAUCUUGAAUAUAAAUAAACAAAUGUCGGAUCAAAAAGAUGUAAACAAAAAUGCUGAAAAAUCUGACUCAACACAGAUUAAAAAGACCAAAUCAAAAGAACCAAGUGAAGAUGUGGAGCUUGAAAACAUGGCAGAGGAGUUACUGCAAGGAGGUCUUUUGAGCGAUGGAGCCAAUAAGUUACUCCUAGAUGAGGCUGUAUCCCAGGGCCUUCUCCCAGGUCACACUGCUCUCAAAGUAAUGUUGAAAGCAGGACUUUUUGGUGGUUUCCUGGAUGUGAGCACAUGCGAGUCACUGAGUAUUGAGGAUGUAAUGCAGGAAGGACUAUUGGAUGAAGAUUUAUUGACCAGUGUUCUUCAGUCAGAAAAGACUCUGGCUGGGGUAGUUGAUGCAGAACGUUGUCAGAUCUGCUCACUAAAGGAGGCUGCUCAGAUGGGGCUCUUGGACCCAGAUACAGUAGCUCAUCUGCUUGAGGCCCAGGUUGUCUCUGGUGGGAUUGUUGACGUUCGUCGGGGCACGAAAGUUUCAGUUACCCUUGCAGGCAGUCUUGGACUGAUAGAGGAGGACCAACAGGAUGCAUUGCUUGCAUUAGAGAAGUCAUGCCGUGGAAAGGGUUCAGAUCCACAUGCUUCACGCACCAAGUUGACACUACAGCUACAAAUGGAUGGUGUGGUGGAUCCAGAAAUAAAACGCCCUGUACCUUUUCAAAAAGCCCUUCAACAAGGCAUGAUAAGUCAGGAGGAAGCCCAGCAGAUCCUCUUGCAGCAGGUGGCUGAAGGUGGAAUUGUUCACCAUGGCUCUGGCAUUCGCCUCACUGUUACUGAUGCAGUGUGUAAAGGCCUGAUUGAUGAUUCUUUGGCACCAAAGCUUGAAGAGUUUGAAAAGUCCUAUGAGGUGCAGGAUCAGAUUAUCUCAGAUCCAAACACUGUCUAUCUGCAAGCAUCUGCAGGCUUCAUUUAUGCUAGUACGUCAAAGACCAGACUUACCCUAACUGAAGCAGUUUCCCAAGGGAUCAUUGAUAAAGACACUGCAAAUAAAGCAAUGGCUUUACCUAGUGUAAAGAGUGCUGUUCUGGAUCCUCACAAUGCUCAGGUUGUACCCUAUUCAGAACUUCUAAACCAGGGAAAGAUUGACAUUGAGACAGGUCAACGAUUCCUUGAAGUGAGACCUUUCCGAGGUAUUCCAAACAAACAAAACGGUGACAUGAUGACCGUGCCAGAAGCAGUGAAGGCUGGCCAAGUUGAUCCCAUUCCAGCACUCAGGAUAUUGCAGAGUCAGGCAGACUCUGGAGGUAUCAUUGAUAUUUCAAGUGGGAAACGACUCCCCCUUCUGGAGGCUGUUGCUAAAGGACUUGUUGAAAAAGAUGUUGCAAAAGUAAUUGCUACUAAUCAGUUCUUUAAAGGUGGACUGUUUAGUCCUGUCAGUGGUCAGAGGGUGUCAAGUCUUAAGGAGGCUGUUCAAGAGGGCCUUAUCUCUCGUGAAAUGGCUGCUGAACUUUGGGAUAACUUUAGAUCUGUGGAUCAACCAACCUAUGAGGAGGAAAGCUCUGAGACAUUGGCUUCCUCCAGUGCUACAUGUAGUCCUUCUCUGUCUCAGUUUGUAUCAGGUUAUUGUAGCCCUACAAAGACAUGUCAUGAAAGCUCAGCAUCAAGUACAGAAGAAUAUUUUGCCGACUUGGAAAAGACUCAGUGUAUGAUUACAGAGCAUCAUGAAGACACUUUAGAGGCUGAUACCAUUGAGCAAUUAGAGGUUCUUCAGCCCUAUCCACCAUCAGAAAUGAAGAAACAAGUACACAAGGACGUUUUAAAUGAGGUGGAGAAAGACACUGAUGCAUCUUUACAGGUACUGACUCAAUUUGCCCUAAAAGCAGAAAAAAGGAUACAGGAGGUGAUUAAAGAGUAUGCGCCAAAAAAACAUAAAGAUGAGGAUCUUCAGCACCAGCCAAGUCAAGGUCGACUUCAGAUUCAACAGAUGUCUGACAUUGAAUGUAAGGAUGACAAAACUUAUGACACCUCACCCACACCUGACCAUAUUCCAGAGGGAGACAUACAGAUACACCCAGUGGUUGAAUUAACAGUCUCCAAAAUGAGCAAAAAGCUAGAAAACUAUCAACAGAUUCCCUGCAGUGUUGUCUCGGACACCAUUUAUAAGUUACAUGAUGGACAAACUCCAUGUACAGAGGAAAGAAAAGGACAGUCUAUUCUGACAUCAGAACAGCAGUUGGUGUCUGAUACAAAGCCCAUCUCUAAAAGUGAAGAGAACAAUGACAACAGAAAGGACACAACUAAAUCCACCCCUACAGAAAGAUCAAAAAUGCCUAGAAAAAAGAGAGGUAAAGAGAAAAAUAAAAAGCAAACAAGAACAGAAAUAGAAAGAGUUGAAGGUUUGGAGGUGGAACCUCUGAAUAGUGUAACACCACAUUUAGAGUCUACUGAUAGUAUGAAUAGAAAAGAAUUUUUAGACAUUGAAAAAUCUGAUAAAGAUGUGAGUGUGAAGAAAGAUGUCAAGAUGGAGUUGGAGGUUAGGAGACCCUCCAAGAUGAAUGCAUCUUUACCUGUAGAUGCUAUUGAGAAAGAGACUGGAAAGGAUGUUGAAGAUUUUCUUCAAAAAGAGGACAAAGAUCUGGAGGCUAGCAAAUUUGGUUUGGUGAUGUAUGGAGAGGGUGCUGAGAGUGAUGACAUAAAAGAAGCAAUCAGCUUUAAUCAAAAGUCUGUGGAAAAUGUAAAAGUAGAGAAAAAUUUGGAUGGUACAAAAACUAAUGACUUGAGUGAAACCUUACAUGUGAGGGACUCAAAUAACAUGACUAGAAAAGAAAAUGAAAUUGAUAAAAAAUCCACUGAAGAUAUAAAAGUAGAGACAAAGGUUACAGUAAGUUUGGAAGUUCUGCAGCCUCCAUAUAUGGGUGUGGCUUCAUAUGUAAAAGUUACUGAGAACAAGUUUGUAAAAGAAGUUCUUGAUAAAUCUGUUAAAGAUGAUGUGAAAUUAGGAGAAGAGGCCAAAGUACAUUUGGAGGUCCAAGCACAAGAUACAAGUGCUGUUGAUAAAGAAUCUAUUGAAGAUGAUGCAAAUAUAAAGAGAGAGGUCAAGGUAGAUUUGGAGGUUAGACAAACUCCAGAUAUAAAAGAAGGUUUACUAGUAGUGGAAUUGGAGAAUGAAAAUAAUGAUGUAAACGUUGAUCAAAAAUCUGAAGAUAAAUAUGUCAAAGUAGAGUUGUCUGGAGGCCCUGUAUGUCCCCCAACUGACAAUAUUGUAGCUUUCCCAGUGGAUCUGUUCCUAAGAGAACAGGUUCUGCAAGGGUCAGCUGUUCAGCAAUCUAUAGAAAGUGGAGACAUGGGUCUUGGAACUGAGACAUCAAAAGAUGACCCUGCAAGCCUGCAGGAUGAUCUUAGCCAAACAGAACAUGAAUUACAGAGUCAAAUGCUGCACAAAGCCAUAAGUGACAUGUCAAAAACAGAGUAUAAUAAACAGCUUUAUGUCUCAGAGGGCCAUGAGCCAGAGCAGAUAGAUAAGAAGAAAAAGAAGAAAAGGAAGAAUAAAAAAGUCAAGCAAAUGUCAGAGCAUGAGCCAAACGCUGAAAAAGAAGCAGAGCGCAAAGAUGAUGAGGCAUCAAAAGCAGAGAGCGUGGAGGAGGAUAUGGUCCCAACUGUAAGUGGGAAAUUGGACACGGCAGGAAACGCAUGGAGGAAACAGCCUGAAGACCUUAACCAGACACAGCUGGGGAAAGAGGCACUUCUGAUGAAGGCCAAGGAAAGCAUUCUUAGGAAGGUCUUUGAACGGGGAGUCAGUGAGAAACAGGCUGCGGAGGAGUUGGAAGCACUGCGUCAGGGGUCAGGUAAAGAGCGACAUGCAAGCACACAAGAGAAGCCCAAGACUGAGCAGAAAGGCUCUACACUCCCCACAAAAGGAAAUGAGGCUAACAUAACAUGUCAGGUAAAGAAAGUGGACAAACGUGAAAAGUUUAUGGCGAAAAACCUUUUACCCAUGACUGACUCUACACAAACUCAUUUCAGUCAAACAGAUCAUGAUGUAAGUCACAUAUCAGAUAUUCAUGCUAUGUCAGACUUUCACACAGAGCAGGCCUUGAUCACUAUCGAGCAUUCUGUAGUUGCUAUGGACGCCAAUAAGAAAACACAGAUACCCAUGGGUGAUUUAGAUGUGCAUGCUGAAGAGAAAAGAAUAAAAGAUCCUGAACAUCUGCCACUUAGUAAUAAAGACAAAAAGCUGGAAAGGAAAACAUCUGAAGCCUAUGAGCCACCAUGUACCGUCUUUAUUGAAGGCUAUCAAGAUGUUAAAUCAGAUCUCAACAUACGUGCGCCUGCUCUGGAUGUCUCACAAUCCACAAGUGCUGCUGCUCUGCCAAAAAAAGAAGUUGAUGAACCUGUACCAAUCUCCAAAAUCGAAAUGCACACAAUUAACAAGGAAUCUCUACUAUACAAGAGUAUGGAUUUUUCUUCUGUUGGCACUGAAGCUUCCCUCACAGAAAGCACAGAGUCAGGACUGUCUCAAACAGAGGAGACGCCUGACUCUGACACCACAGAAUGCACAGAGUCAGGACUGUCUCAGUCAGAGGAGAUGCCUGACUCUGACACCACAGAAUGCUGGGAAGAGGAGGAGGAAGUGGGCUAUGUACAGGGAAUAGAGGAAAAAUGGGCUGAUGAUCUAAUGAAAAAACAGAGGACCAUCCCACAGAUAAGUAAGUCCUCCUUGGUCCGUCAAGAGUGCCUAGAACAUGACCAACAAAUUAUGGCCCUGCUCUCCAUGGUGAGACACAACGAGGUAUGUCUUAAACAGCAGCAGCAACAGUCCAUAGGGCGGAGUCUUAUCGUACUUGAUGAUAUCAUCAAACAGACAGAGGCCCUUGUUCUGGAGCUCAGUGAUUUGGAGCCACAAGUAAACAUGGAGUUGGAAGCAGCCAGGCAGCUUGUAGAGUCCUGCCCUCCCAAUGUCCCACCUCAGUUACUCACAGCUCUGGAGAAGGACAGACAGAGUUUGUCUCGUGCCUUUAAUGUGGCUAGAGAACGUGCCCAGUGUUUUCUGCAGGAGAUGCAGUCACAUCACAAGGGACAGAAGGAGGCAGUGGGCAGUGAACUAGAAGCUUUGGGUGAGCGAGUGGAUGGCCUUCUCUGCUGGCUUAAAAAAACAGAACCUCAGAUGGAGCAAGAUGAUGUGGAAGAUGAGAUAAAAGAGGAGAGUGAAACAUUAGUGCACAUUGCGCAAGGAUUACACCAGUGCAAGGAGUUGCAGGAGUGCCUCAGAGUUCGUGCCUCUGACGUGAGUGCGGUGGCAUUUGACAUCCAGGUCUUCGUCUCGGAGCAUGCACAGGACCUGCUGCCUGAGCAGAGUAGGCUUCUGCUAGCACAGCUACAGCAGCUGCAGCAAGCCUUCCACCAGGCCUCGGGCCGCACUCAUGCCAGGGCCCAGACCCUCGUACUCCAGCAAGCCAGAAAGGAGGAGCGAUUACGUAAAGAGCAGGAGAAGGAGCAGGCAGAGAGAGAGGGGGAAAACAAGAGGCACAUCGCUAGGGAGAGAGAGGUGGUACAUCAGCAGAAAUCUGAGUGCUCACAAAAACUUGAAGGCCUCACCAUGUGGUUGGCUGGAGCAGCCAGCCUGCUGGCCAACCAGAGAGCAGGAGCUGAGUCAGGAGAUGUGAGUGUUCUUCAGCAGAAGCAGAGUAAACUUAAGGAGAUGCAAAAAGAUCUCCAGACCAAAGGUGAUGGAGUGACAGAAGCAGUACGGUCAGCGGAGGAGUUCCUUGCUGAGCAUGGUGAAGAUCUAAGUGCAGAGGAGAGAGCCAGCCUGCAGGAGGCACUGGCACGCAUGAAGAAACAAUACCACACCCUCACAGACAUGGCCCAGUCCUCUCUGUCUCAGCUAGACACAGCAAUCAGCACAACACUACAGCAGAACACACAGAGGGCUAAAGCAGAGGAGGAACUGCACGAAACUCAGGGGAAAAUAGAUAUGCUGCUUGAGGAGCUGUCAUCAGACACAUCCAGGAAGAAAUCACAUGGGGAGAGUGUUCCAGAUGCUCCCUUUUCCCUAUCACCAGAGAGCACUCUGAGCUCACACUAUGACAUGCUAAAGGCCGAACAGCAGCAGCUACAAGCCCAACAGGCUCACCUUUUGCAGGUAGAACAGUCCACACGCUCCCUCCUGGAACAGCCCGACUCUAGUGUGCCCCCGGAGGAGAAGCAGCGCCUGCGUGCCAGGCUUGACGAUUUGCAGAUCCAGCAUCAAGAGCGCCUCCAGAACUGCCAGGAGAGACUGCGGCGGACUGAGGCCCUCCGGGAUGAACUUGCCAAGUUCCUGCAGGAGCAUGGGAACCUGGGAGCUUGGCUAGAACAGAGUGAGCAUGAGCUUUGUGCCCUGGGGGGUGGAGAAACAGAUGCACAGGGUCUCAAAAACAGACUGGAGGAGCACAAAAAGCUGGCAGAAGAUCUGAUCUGUCAUAAGGCAGACUUGCGCUUCGUGUCCAUCUCUGGUGAGAAGGUGCUGGACUUGGUGCAGGGCACCCUCGAGAGGACAGGCACUACCAACCCAGCUCUGGAGAACACGAGGCAGCUUGUCAGUGACAAGCUACAAGAUUCCACGCAGCGCUACAAUUCCCUGCAGAGCAAGUCUGUGGAUCUUGGUGCCCGCCUGUCCAGCCUUCUGGAUCGAUACCAGCAGUACCAGGAUGAGGUCAGUGCUUUGGACUCCUGGCUGAGUGCACAGGAGCAGAACCAGAGCAUAGUGAAACCCAGCAGAGAGAAUAUGGACACACAGACACUACAGAAUGCGCUAAAUACUAUACAGUAUUUGCAGGACGAGCUGGCCGAGCGCUCAGUUCAGCUGGAGAAGGUGAGGAGAACAGGGAAAGUUCUUACCAGCUCCCAGGAGUCACCUACUCUCAACGCAACAGACAUCAGUUCUGCCACAGAUGCACUCCAGAGCCGAUUUGGGUCCCUGUCAGAGAGUGUGUCUCAGAGGGCAGAGCAGCUCCAGACUGCUGUCGCCCAGUCUGUCAGUGUUCAGGAGGGGCUCAAAGCUCUGCUGGCCUGGCUGGAUGGCCUGGUUUUGGCUCCUAGCCCAGUCCAACCCACUGCCAGGGCAGUGCAGGAGGCCCUCACCCAGAACCAGAAACUGCGUCAGGAGCUGUUGUCACGCCAAGGCAGCGUAGAGGCCACUCGCGACUCUGUCUCCAAGCUGCUGAAAUCUGCAGAUGCAACUACAGUCUCUGGGCUGCAGAGGGCGCUGGAGGACCUGAGCCAGCGCUACGCAGCUGCCCAGACCAAGCAAGCUGAGAAAGAGGCUGAACUACGGGCGGUUCUGCCAAAACUGGAGAGGUUUGAGCGCCUGAGCGCGGACCUCCGCAACUUUACCCAGAGCCGCCAGAGAGCGCUGAGCCCGGGUGGGCAGCCAGAACACAGCGUGGACGACUACAGGCGCACCGUACAGGAGGUGAAAUUUGAGCUUACCCAAGAAGCAAAUCAGAUGAAGUCAUUUGUGGAGCUUGGUACAGACCUGAGCCAAUCAGGGGUACUUGCCAGUGCACACUGCCUUCUGGACUUAACCAACGAGGCCUCUGGGGAAUUUGCCCAGCUGGAAAUCCGAGUCAAUGAGAGACUGAACGCAAUCCAGAGCUGCGAGCAGCAGCUUGAGCAGUUCCGCUUGCUCUAUGGCUCCCUCUUCAGGUGGCUGCAGGCCACGCAAGAGCAGGUGGCUGCUAAGGAGCCCAGCCUCAGCACAGAGGGCCUUCAGAGGCGGGUACAGCAGCUCAAGGACCUACUGAGUGAGUGGGAGAGCAAGGACAGCAGAGUUCAAGAGCUGAACAAGAGCGGUUCGGAGCUCGAGAACCUGAUCAUCAGCAUCACAGCCCCUCAGAACAAAGGUGUUGACCAGGUCAACGGUGCCGGCAACUCCAGCAGUGUCAAUGGCAUUCACACCUGUAAAGACCUGACGGAGAUCCAAGUAGCGGUGGCGGAAGUGAACACCAAGUAUGAGCAGCUGGGUGGGGACUUGCAGGAGAGACAGAGCAGACAGCAGGCCUCACUGGACCUGCACCAGACAGCCAGGCAAGCCACGGAUGCCCUGCUGCAAUGGCUGGGUCCUCGCGAGCAAAGUCUAGCCCAAGGGCAGGCUGCCUCACCCUCGCGACCUGAGGUGGUACGUGCACAGGCCCAGGAGAACAAGGCCUUGCUGUCUGAACUCACAGAGCAUUCUGGGAAGGUGGAGGACCUGAAGAAGACACUGAAGCAGCUGAUAACAGAAAACCCAGAUUCCCCUGAGGCAGAAAUGUGGAAACAACAGCUCAGGGACAUAGACUUACGUUGGGAGAAAGCCAAUCAAACUGCAGAACAGAGGCAAACUGAAUUAGACACGUGUGCCGAUAGGCUGGGCAGUUUUGCAACGGCAGCCAAUCAGCUAGGUCCCUGGCUGCAAGAGAAGGAGCUGAUGAUGAGUGUUCUUGGUCCACUCAGUAUUGACCCCAACAUGCUCAAUACUCAGAAACAACAAGUACAGUUCAUGCUGCGAGAGUUUGAGACCCGGCGUCCACAGUUUGACCAGCUGACCCAGGCAGCACAGGGCAUCCUCUCACCCUCUGGGGACCAGGGCUCUGGGGAGGGCCAGGACCUGGCAGAGGUGAAUCAGGAACUAGAUGCCAUCACCCAUCAGUGGGAGGACCUGACCUCCCGUCUCUCUGGACGCUCCGAGCACAUCGAUCAGGCACACGACACCAGCAAGCGCUUUCAGGCCCUGCUAAGGGAGCUCUCACUCAGCAUGGCCAUUCUGGGUGAGAAGCUAGAUGGCCAGGCCUCACUCAGUGCCAAGCCUGAGGCCCUGCGCCACCGGCUGCAAGAGACGGGUGAGAUCCGCGCCGAGCUGGAACAGCGAAGAGGCCAGCUGGACCAGGCGGAGCAGCUGUGUAUGGAGCUUAGUGCAAUUGUGGCAGAGCCCUACCUCCGAGAAGAGCUGCACAAGAGGUUGGAGAGCGUCAGAGUCCCACUAAACAGCCUGGAGGAGAGAGCAGCCGAUGGCCUGUCCCAGCUGCAGGCUGCUCUCUCUAGCACACAGCAAUUCCAGCAGAUGUCUGAGGAACUCCGUAACUGGUUGGACUGCCAGGCCGACGAGGGCAUGGCUGGCGCCUCUGGUCCCCUCCCCUGCCAGCCUGAGGCUCUGCGUAUUCUCCUUGGCCAGCAGGAGGAGGUCCUGCGUGGGGUGGCACAGCAGCGCGGGUCCUACGAGCUAAUCCAGGCAGAGGGGGUAUUGCUUCUGGCAACGCUUCCUGCUGGAGAUGAGCAUUCAGCUCUGCAGGCUAAACUCACCACCCUGCGACAGGACUGGGAGGGCCUAAACCAGCAUCUCACUGAGAUGCGGGCCCACAUUAAUGAGACACUUGUCCGUGCCGAGCAGUAUAAGCAGCAUCAUGACGUUCUCUUGCCCUGGGUGACUGAAUGUGAGCAGAGGGAGGCAGAACUCCAGCCUUCUCUGGACCCCACAGCCCUUGAUGCUGCCCUGCAGAAGGCCAGGCAAUUGGGCUUGGACUUAGAUCGCCGCAUCCCCCUGCUGGAGUCUCUGAACACGGCAGCGGAUCUGCUGCUGGAGGAGAGCAGGGCCGGAGAGGAGGAAGUGAGAGACGAGAAGGCCCAGCUGAACCGCAGGGUGGACUGCCUCUCAGAGAGACUACAUAGUCGCAUGGCUCAGCUGGAAGAGCUGGGGGGCAGGUUGAAGGAGUUUGAAGAUGGCAGGCAGGCAGUAGACAGGAGACUGGAGGCAGCACGGCAUCAGCUGGAGGUCCAGGAGGCGCUGGGCCCUCAGGCCUGCAGCAGCAAGAGCCUGGAGCGGCUCCGCAGCCAGCAGGAAGUGCUGAAGUCACUGCGGCCACAGGUGGUGUAUCUGCGGGACCUAGCCCAAGGACUGGUGCAGGACGCCCCACAGGCACCAGAUGACAGCACAGAGGGAGGACAGAGGCUGGUGCAGCAAGCGCAGGACACUGAGAGGGAGUUUGGGGAAGUCACUGAGAAAAUCGAGCAGUGCUGCACAUCACUGGAGUCACGGCUGCAGGGUGUUGGCGAGGUCCAGUCGCGAGUCCGCGACGUCUUCUCCCGUCUUGCUGACCUGGAUGAUGAACUCGACAGCCUGAGCCCUGUGGGGCGUGACGCAGACUCACUGGCCUCUCAAGCCGAAGCCGUGCGGGCCUUCCUGACUAGGUUGGCCACCCUUCGUGCUGAGCUAGAAGGCCACGCGGGUGACUGUGCUGCCAUGCUGCGGAAGGAGGGCAGCUCACCUGACCUGCUCGCCCUCCGGCGUGAGACAGAAGCCCUGAGCAGACAGGCAGCCAAGCUAACUGAGCGAGGCCAGGGACGCCUGGCCCUCGUCGAAGCCGCAGAGGAGCGGGUGAGGGAGUUUUACGCCCGCCUGAUGGAGCUGCAGGGGCUGAUUGACCGGGCAGAGGAGGGGCUGAAUACACAGGGUGUUGUGGGCACCGAAGUGGAGGUCAUCAAACGACAGCUCCAGGAGUUUAAGGCAGUGGAGCGGGAGCAGGUGGACAGCAUUCAGCCACAGCUGCAGCACAUGAACGCUGUGGGUCAGGGGCUGAUCCAGAGUGCAGCCAAAGACACAGACACACAGGCCCUGGAGCAUGACCUGGAGACCACCAACCUACGCUGGAACUCCCUCAACAAGAGGGUUGCUGAGAGAAUUGCUCAGUUGCAGGAGGCCCUGUUGCAUUGUGGGAAGUUCCAAGAUGCUCUAGAGCCUCUACUGAGUUGGCUGAGUGACACAGAAGAGCUGAUAGCCAAUCAGAAACCUCCAUCUGCUGAGUACCGUGUGGUUAAAGCACAAAUCCAAGAACAGAAGCUGCUGCAGCGCCUGUUGGAUGACCGGCGGGGUACAGUGGAGAUGAUCCGGGCAGAGGGAGAGCGCAUUGCCACCACAGCAGAGGCCCAGGACAGAGAGAAGAUCCAGAGACAGCUGCAGAGCCUUGGAGAGAGAUGGACAGCCCUGCUUGGCAAGGCCAGCACCAGGCAUCGUCAGCUAGAGGAGCUGCAGGUUCUGGCUCUUCAGUUCCACGAGACCGUGGAACCCCUGGCAGAGUGGCUGAGCUCCACAGAGCGACGCCUGAGCUCUGCUGAGCCCAUGGGGACCCAGGCCUCUAAAAUCACCCAGCAGAUCGGCCGCCACAAGGCCCUCCAAGAGGAGGUGCUCACUCGGGGGCCUGAGGUGGACCGCCUGGAGGCUCUUGGCCAAUCACUGUCCUCCCUCAGUUGCACAGCAGAUUGUGAUUGGCUGAGUGAACGCAUGGGGGCAGUGCGCAGUGGGCACAUGGGCCUGCUUGAUUGGUGUUCUCGGCGAGAGGCCUUGCUGGAGCAGGCCCUGGCCAAUGCACAGCUGUUUGGGGAGGAUGAGGUGGAGGUGCUGAACUGGCUGGCUGAGGUGGCCCAGCGUCUGGCUGAGGUCUCAGUGCAGAGCUACCAGCCUGAGCUGCUGGCUGAUCAGCACAAACUCACUCUGUCUCUGAAUGAGGAGAUUGUAAGCAGGAAGAAGACAGUGGAUCAGGCCAUUAAGAAUGGACAGGCUCUGCUGAAACAGACCACAGGUGAAGAGGUGCUUCUUAUCCAGGAGAAGCUGGAUGGCAUAAAGAGCCGUUACGCAGAAAUGACAGCAGGCAGCAGCAAGGCUCUCCGCACCCUGGAGCAGGCACUGCAACUCUCCACCCGAUUUGCCACUGCCAAUGAGGACCUCAACAAAUGGCUCGACUCUUUGGAGGCAGAGCUUAACAACACUGAGCCAGACACAACACCAGCCUAUCAAGACAGACAGAAGGAGCUUAAGUGUGUGUCUGCUGAGAAGAGGCUUGUUCUGGACACGGUCAAUGAGGUGAGCAGUGCCCUGCUGGACCUGGUACCCUGGCGAGCCCGUGAGGGCCUGGACCGCCUUGUGGCCGAUGCCAACCAGCGCUACCGGCAGGCCGACGCCACCAUCACACAGCGAGUGCAGCUCGUGCAGGCUGCCAUCCAGAGGUCCCAGCAGUAUGAGGAAGCAGUGGACGCCGAACUGACCUGGGUGGGGGAGACUGAGCGGAAGCUGGCAUCUCUGGGGCCUCUCAGUCUGGAGCCUGACGUUACUGGGGCUCAACUCCAGGUACAGAGGGCCUUCAACAUCGACAUCAUCCGCCAUAAGGAUACAGUGGACCAGCUCCUCAACACACGAGAGGAUAUCCUGGAGAGCUGUGGAGACCAGCAGAGAGAGGCACUAAAGGUAAAAACGGACACCUUGAGCGCUCGCUACGAGGCAGUCAGUCAGAGCCACUCCGAGCGCUUUUCUGCUCUGGAGCAGGCUCAGGUGCUGGUCGCUCGCUUCUGGGAGACUUAUGAGGAACUCGAGCCCUGGCUAGGUGAGACUGAGAUGCUGAUUGGUCAGCUGCCCCCACCAGCCAUCGACACGGAUACACUCCGACAGCAGCAGGACCAGAUGAGGCUCCUGAGGGAUUCUAUUGCUGAGCACAAGCCCCACAUAGACAAGCUACUGAAGAUCGGCCCACAGCUGGCCGAACUGAGCCACCAGGAAGGGGCGACGAUGAGGCAGCGCUACAGUGAGGCCGAGAGUCGCUACAUGACCAUCAAAGAGGAGGUCAAAGGUCGGGCUGCAGCCCUGGAUGAGGCCUUCUCACAGUCUGCGCAGCUGAUAGAGUUCCAUGAUAAGAUGGACCCGCUGCUGGAGACACUAGAGGGUGCUGUGCAGCGCUUACGACAGCCGCCUCCUGUGGCCGCUGAGGUAGAGAAGAUCCGUGAGCAGCUGGCUGAGCAUCGAGCCACCGGGCUGGAGCUGGACAAGCUACUGCCCUCCUUCAGUGCCCUCUGUAACCGCGGGGAAGAGCUGAUCACCCGUGCGCCCCAUGAUGACCCCGCUGCCCAGGCAGUGCGCUCCAGACUCCUGCGCCUGCGCUCUCUGUGGGACGAGAUCAGGCAGAGGGCUGAGGAGAGGGAGGGGAAGCUUCAGGAUGUGCUCGACCUGGCUGGGAAGUUCUGGGCAGACAUGGCUGCCCUGCUGAGUACACUGAGAGACUCCCAGGACAUUGUGAAAGAGCUGGAAGACCCUGGGGUGGACCCAUCACUCAUUAAACAGCAGAUAGAGGCUGCAGAGGCCAUUAAGGCAGAGACGGAUGGUUUGAGAGAGGAGCUGGAGAUCGUACGCACACUGGGAGCAGAUCUUAUCUUUGCUUGUGGAGAAACAGAGAAACCGGAGGUCAAGAAGACCAUUGAUGAGAUGAACGCUGCCUGGGAAGGCUUGAACCGCACAUGGCGAGAGAGGAUGGAGAAGCUAGAGGAGGCCAUGACUGCCUCCGUGCAGUACCAGGAUGCUCUACAGGGUAUGUUUGACUACCUGGACAACGCCGUCAUCAAACUGUGUGACAUGCCGACUAUAGGGACUGACCUCAGCACGGUCAAACAGCAGAUCGAGGAGCUCAAGCAAUUCAAGGUAGAAGUGUAUCAACAGCAGAUAGACAUGGAGAAACUUUGCCACCAGGGGGAGCUGUUGCUCAAAAAGGUUACUGACCAAACAGACAGAGACAUGAUCCAGGAGCCUCUUACUGAGCUCAGGCACCUGUGGGACAACCUAGGAGAGAAGAUCACUCUCAGACAGCACAAACUGGAGGGUGCUCUGCUGGCUCUGGGCCAGUUCCAACAUGCUCUCUCAGAGCUGCAGUCCUGGCUCAGUCACACCCAUGCCACCCUGGACACCCAGCGGCCUGUCAGUUCCGACCCCAAGGCCAUCGAGAUCGAGCUGGCCAAGCACCACGUGCUGAGGAAUGAUGUGCUAUCCCAUCGGGCCACAGUGGAGACGGUGAACGGAGCGGGCUCCGAGCUGCUGGAAUCCAGUCCUGGAGACGAGGCCAGCCACCUGCGAGACCAGCUGGAUGAAUUGAACCGCAGCUGGGAAAGCCUGCUGCUGAAAACUGAGGAGAGGCAGAAACUCCUGGAGGCUGCCCUGCACCAGGCGGAGGGUUUCCAUGGUGAGCUGGAGGAGUUCCUGCAGUGGUUGAGGCGCACAGAGAGUCAGCUCUCUGCUGCCAAACCCACAGGUGGCCUUCCUGAGACGGCCAGGGAGCAGCUGCAGCAGCACAUGGAGCUGCAGGCCCAGGUGACCCAGCGUGCUGAGCAGUACCUCCGGUUGCUGGAUCAGGGGGAGUUGAUGAUGCUUGUCAGAGGUGGAGAGGAGGCAAGUCCUGGAACCACCCAAACCCAGCAAAACCUGGCCCUGCUGGAAAACAAGUGGGGCAGCCUGAACACCAAGAUGGAUGAUAGGAGGGCCAAGCUGGAGGAGGCUGUCACAUUAGCAACAGGGUUCCAGUCAUCUUUGCAGGACACCAUAAACUGGCUGACCCAGACUGAGCAGACUCUGAACAUGGCCCAGCCACCCAGCCUCAUCCUUGACACCAUCCUCUUCCAGAUAGACGAGCACAAGGUGUUUGUGAACGAGGUGAACACCCACCGUGAGCAGGUGCUAGCUUUGGAGAAAUCGGGUUCACAGCUACGCUUCGCCAGCCUUAAACAAGACGUGGUGCUCAUCAAAAACCUGCUGCUGAGCGUUCAGGCCCGCUGGGACAAGCUGGUGCAGAGGUCCCUGGACAGGGGCCGGCACCUAGACGAAGCGCGCAAGAGGGCCAAACAGUUCCAUGAGGCUUGGAGGAAGCUGACCGACUGGCUGGAGGAGGCUGAGAGCAGGCUGGACUCAGAGCUGGAGAUCUCCAACGAGCCAGAAAAAAUCAAAGUUCAGCUGGCAAAACACAAGGAGUUUCAGAAGGCUCUUGGCUCUAAGCAGCCAGUUUAUGACACCACAGUGCGCUCUGGGAAGGCCAUGAGAGACAAAGCCACACUUGCAGCUGACACACAGAGACUCGACAACCUCCUGGGUGAAGUCCGGGACAAGUGGGACACCGUGUGUGGGAAGAGUGUGGAGAGGCAACACAAGCUAGAGGAGGCUCUGCUCUUCUCGGGGCAGUUUGCAGAGGCCCUGCAGGCUCUGGUGGACUGGCUGUACCGUGUAGAGCCCCAGCUGGCUGAGGACCAGCCUGUCCAUGGAGACCUGGACCUGGUCUCUAACCUCAUGGACUCCCAUAAGGCCUUCCAGAAGGAGCUAGGAAAGAGGACCAGCAGUGUGCAGGCUCUGAAACGUUCCGCUCGCGAGCUGAUGGAGACGGGCCGGGAUGACAGCGCCUGGGUCAAAGUUCAACUACAGGAGCUCAGCAACCGGUGGGACACCGUGUGCGCACUCUCCGUCUCCAAACAGACACGUCUCCAGCAGGCUCUUAAACAGGCCGAGGAGUUCCGUGCGGCGGUGCAGUUGCUCUUGGAGUGGCUCUCGGAGGCGGAGCAGACCUUGCGUUUCCGCGGCGUGCUGCCAGAGGAGGUGGAGACUCUCCAGACUCUGCUGCACACACACCGGGACUUCAUGCAGAAGGUGGAGGAGAAACGAGUGGACGUUACCAAGGCAGCCGGCAUGGGCGAGGCCAUCCUGGCUGUGUGUCACCCUGACUGCAUCACCACCAUCAAGCACUGGAUCACCAUUAUCCGAGCCCGCUUUGAGGAGGUUCUGACAUGGGCUAAGCAACACGAGCAGCGGUUACAGACAGCUCUCACCGAACUGCUUAACAAUGCAUCACUGCUGGAAGAACUGUUGUCAUGGCUACAGUGGGCGGAGACUACAUUAGUGCAGCGUGACACUGAGCCCCUCCCCCAGGACAUUCCUCAGCUGAAAACUCUAAUUACUGAGCACCAGGUGUUCAUGGAGGAAAUGACUCGUAAGCAGCCUGAUGUGGACAAAGUGACUAAGACCUAUAAGAGGAAAGCGGCAGAGCCUCCCACCAGCCUGGCGGAGCGGCGAGGUGCCCGGAAAUCCCAGCCGCAUCAACCACAGCAUUCCAUGCAGGUAACCGGGGGCAAUCCGCGCCUGACCCAGCUUUGCUCCCGCUGGCAGCAAGUUUGGCUACUGGCCCUGGACCGCCAGCGCAAGCUCCAUGAUGCCCUUGACAGGCUGGAGGAGCUGAAAGAGUUUGCCAACUUUGACUUUGACGUAUGGCGGAAGAAGUACAUGCGCUGGAUGAACCAUAAGAAAUCCCGCGUCAUGGACUUUUUUAGACGUAUAGACAAGGAUCAGGAUGGCAAAAUCACCCGCCAGGAGUUUAUUGAUGGCAUUCUGGCCUCGAAAUUCCCCACCAGCAAGCUAGAAAUGAUGGCAGUGGCAGACAUCUUUGACCGAGAUGGUGACGGUUACAUUGAUUAUUAUGAGUUUGUGGCAGCUCUGCACCCUAACAAGGAUGCAUACAGACCCACCACAGAUGCAGACAAGAUUGAAGAUGAGGUCACAAGACAAGUGGCCCAGUGCAAAUGUGCUAAGAGGUUCCAGGUGGAGCAGAUUGGAGAGAACAAGUACAGAUUCUUCCUUGGGAACCAGUUUGGAGACUCCCAGCAGCUGCGCCUUGUCCGGAUCCUUCGCAGUACGGUGAUGGUGCGGGUCGGAGGGGGCUGGAUGGCCCUGGAUGAGUUCCUGGUUAAGAACGACCCUUGCAGAGUGCAACAUCCUGGACUUAAAAUCCUCCGCUCCGACUCCAGCAGUUCCAUAUCAUCUCGUAUAGCCCGGGGACGCACCAACCUGGAGCUGCGGGAGAAGUUCAUUCUUCCUGAAGGGGCGUCACAGGGCCUGGCUGCCUUCCGCUCACGCGGUCGGCGCUCCAAGCCAUCGUCACGCACGGCCUCACCCACCCGCUCCUCCUCCUCAGCCUCCCAGAGUGCCCAGAGCUGCACCUCUGGGCCUUCUGCCCCCGCCACACCCACAGCCUCCUCCAGGUCCAGCCAAUCUCAGUUGCGGGGCUAUGCCAAGCCCUGGCUGGCACACAGUAAAACUCCACCUCCAACCAAGUGCCAGUCCAGCCCAGAACACGGCCACACCCCUGGGCAAGAGGGAGGCUCCGCUUCCAAGAUUAAACGGCCAACACUCCAUUCCAGCCGGGGCUCUCUGACAGGCGAGAACGGUGGUACUAAACCUGGACGCACUGAUGGCAAGCGCACCCCAGCAUCGGCCAGCGGGCCGACCAGCCGAGCAGGCAGCCGAGCGGGGAGCCGCACCAGCAGCCGGCGGGGCAGCGACGCCUCCGACGCCUCUGAGCUGAUGGAGACGCGUUCGGCCUGCUCAGACACGUCUGACACGUCACGCCGUCCUGGGGCCAAGCCCUCCAAAAUUCCCACCAUCUCCAAGAAGACCCCCAGCCCCAAGACACCGACAGGCAAGCAGUAGAUCCAUUGUGACCCCUCUGCCCAUCCAGUCUCUGUGGGGGUGGGGAUCGGGCAAAGGCACGAUGCUCUGCCCACUUUACCACGUGUGCGCACAGCAUCUUUCUGCACAAUGCCAGCCAUCCUGUGUGCCCGCUACCAGCACAGACACUUGGUAUUGAUAGCCAGUGCCCACCUGCCCUCCAGCCCCUCUGUAUAGCUGGGCAUGAAGCCUCACCUGUCACCUGCGCUUUUCGAUUAACUAUAACCGUAAUGAUGCCGCCUUAUUUGUGUUACAUAUUUCUGUCCUUAACUUGACCGAAUUCGUAGGUUUUCAUGUACACAUAACUGAGCUGUGUACCAGCGGUCUGAACUCUAACACAUACAUAUACCUUCAAGUGCCCACAUGGACCCUUGGAGUGAAACAACCACUGGCAUAGAGAAGAGUUGUGGGGUUCAGCACCAUUUAUAUGCAAUGGCUACCUACUCUUUAGCACUGAGACUUGGGGGGUGGUACAGCUCAAUUCCAAUACAGACUCUCAUGGGUGUGCACAGUACACUAGCAUUGAAUAAGCCAGCGGAAAAGACUCGCCACCCACCCAUGGCUGUAUGCAAUGCUCUUGGCCUUUGGCCCUGUUGAGGGGAUUUCCCUUCAGAAAAAGAAAGCCCAGAUGUCCACUCUGGAGCGUCACAACCUCCUCUGCUCUGAGAGCAUGUAGGAAUGGUGCGUGUGCGUGUGCGUGUGCGUGUGCGUGUGCGUGUGCGUGUGUGUGUGUGUGUGGUAGGUUUUUUUUUUCAAUGAUGAACUAACUAAACAACCAGAGCAAGUACAGGUUAGGUAGUCACUUGGCUGCAUGACUACACUGACAUGCUUCCCUGCUGUCACAACAGAAUGUGCUCAGACACUUUCACUCACGCCAUUUAACGAGCAGCUCCAGUGGCGUGCAGUAAACAUGGCAAAUCCUGAAGCCUGAGAGCACUUCAGUGACUCGCUAAGUGGAUAAGAAGUUCAUGAGUAAGCACUGACUGACAUUUUCCUAGUGUAAUUUGAUCCCACCCUCCUUGUCGCCCUGGUAAGCCAGAUAACCAGGCAGUUGUGCAUACAUGUGUGUUUUAACCAUACUUAAUACAUGUUACAGAUAACAUGUCACUUAGUUCUUUCAGUUGCUUCACAAUAUGCAAAAAGACCAUGCGUGUUUCAUGGUUAAUUUAUAAUCCUAAUGUAUUUUUGUUUCUUUUCUAAUGUAAAAAAAAAUGUAUUUAUUUCACAGUACAGCAUCAUAUCAUCUGCUGGGAAAGAGUAGUAGUACAAUAAGUCUGAUAACAAUGCUUUUCCUUCUGCUUUUUGUGGUCCUGCUUUUGUUCAAUUCAUUUUCCUGACAGUGAUCAUUUUGGAAUCAACAGACCUGGAAGCUGAUUGAUUCCAGUGGUGGCCUUUUAGCCAGUGACUAUAGUCUCAAAGUCAUGUCAAAAGUGGCUUUCCACUUUAUCCAAUUUUGGAAGCUCCUAGAGAAACAGAUCACAGGGUUUCAAGUACAUACCCCCAUGAGAUGUGCUUUGAAGUCUUGUCUUUGACAAGCUGAAGUAUGAAUACCUAAUGAAAAAUGAAAGUGAAAUUGGAAGUUGACAAUUGAUUUUUAUUUAUUUAUUGUGUCUAGGGAAGGGAGGGGAUAAGAGCUAUGAAAUGGAUUCACCUUUUAAGUCAUACUCUCUCAAUAUGAUGAAGAGAAAUAGACAGGUGAAACUGUGUUAAAAAAAAAGUAAAGAUUAUAAAUCCUUUUUUGUUCUCUUUUGUAUUAAAAAUAAUGCUUGCAGUAA